AUGAGCGACCCCGAACCACGUCUCGGUGGCGAACCCGAUCCAGCUCCCUUGUCAGGCGUCGAAAACGCCUCCGCCUCCACCACAGCGAACGGCGAUGACGCGUCGGCUCUCAACGACGACUCCCCCAAUUCCCCAGUGAGCGCGUUAUUCCAAUGCGAUCCCAACGACCCUCUCCUCUAUGUCGAAACCCUCAAGCGCCUGUGGGCGAAGAGCACGACGUUGGCGUUCUUGGAGGGACAUCUCGAAGGAUACCGCGUUGCGCGCUCACAGACAUACACUCGCGCUCGCGACUAUAUCGACACGGUUACAAACGAGUACUUCGAGCGCGUACCCUGGCGGAACAAAGUCUCUGAUCCCAUUCCGGACGACUUCGACCCUGCAGUUGUUGAGAGCCUGACCGCGGUAGAGGAAGCUCAGAAGGCUUGCAAAAUAGAGGCCAUGAAAUCAUCGAUUAAAAGCUGGCUUGACUACCGUAUCGACACCAACAAGCUAGUAGGCCGCCCGGGCAGCAAAGAGAACGAUGUUUGGUCACGUCUCCUCAAGCAGCUGUCUGGCGUCCCUCAGGUGAAGCCCAGAAAACUCUCCGCGUGUCAGUUCUGGUCCAAGGCCAACUACACGUCCGUUGUCAAGCCCGAUUACGAAGCUCGCUGGGAGGCCGAGAAGGACAGCCUCGGAAGCAAGAACCGCUCCUCGUUCCGAGAGAAGAUCACCGCUGAGCAUUUCGGCAAACUUUCCGCCGACGAUCAGCACUCUUGGGGACUCAAAGCGAAGGACGCUCACAGCCGAGAAGUCGCUCAGUGGAAAGCUGCGCUCGAAGCCCCCGUCGAUACAUCUCCUGAGGCACGACAGCGCGCCAUUGAUCACGUACAGGUGUUCGUCUCCCCCAUCCUCGAUGAGAUCUAUGAGGUCACCGGGCUGCACGGCAGCCUUCUACUAGGAGGACCAGAACCUCGAAAGGGUGGUCGCAUAAACAUUAUUUCAUUGCACUCGGGAAAAAACCUUGCUGCCGUUGGUCAGAAGUGGCCCGCCGCCAGCCCUGAGUCGUACAAGGCCGCGCUUGGCCAUUUCCUGGGAUUCGUGAACUCUUGCUAUACCACCCAAAUGAAAGAGGCAGCCGCGCUCAAGAAAACUGACGAAUCUACUACCAAUCUAGAUCCACGUCUCGCUGGUUUGAUCCCUUUGGAGGGCAGUGACCAGAACGUUAACAACGACACCUGUCAACCUUCGGAAAACCUUCGUGCCCCCGUUCCUCCCGCUCCAGCCCCUUCUGAUUUAGCAGCCGCAGGCCCAGCUUCGCAAGCUUCCCUUCCAGCCGCCACAGCGCCGCUACCUCGCACCCCCACGAGUGCUCCAUCCGCGCCUGCUAGAAAUAGCAAUCAUACUGCACCGCCGGCGAUAGUGAGCAACGGAAACGCGGAUCUUCUUCAAGAUAAAGUCGCUCAUAGGGUAAUGGCAGCUGCCCACCCCCCUCAUUCUCCCGCCUCUGCCCCCAAAUCAGCCCUGACCAAGAAGGCCACCGCUCGCACGAUGUCCUCGGCGGAAGAUGUUGCUUCACCCGCACGUAAAGGGAAGCGCAAGCGUGGACGGCGUGCCAACAGCUCCGACGAAGACACGGCCACCGAGACCGAUCUCGACGAGCGCAAUGAUAGCGGCGAGGACACUACACCCAUUCAAAAGGUGUACAACACGCGUGGCCGUAUCAGCGUCGCUCAGACGGAUGAGGUCCCUUCCUCUCAGGCGUCAGAAGGCACGUCAUACCCACUUUUCUCAUUACCGCUUGCUGAUACAUGGGUAGUGUCCCUCGAAAUUCCCUCAGAGAACCGGGUUGAACCACGUCUGGAUCGUCACUCCGGCAGGCAAGAUUCCCGGCAGCGAUCAGUAGAAAACCUUCCGAACAACACUGACGUGGGCCAAUCGUCGGUCGUGCAUGAACGAGCCGAACACCCCACGGAGGCGGUCGUCACCACCAAUGACGAUCCUCGCGUCGGCAUCGAAGGUCUCGCAAAGACGCGGCCCGAAAACCUCAAUUUACUCGACAACGGUCCCCAGUGGAUCCAGCACGCGCUGGAGUACCUCGCUGCACCCGAUCUUCUUAGAGCGGAGGAUCGGCGCAAGGUUCAAAAGGGCGAACCGGAUGCGAUCGGGGACAGGCAAGGCUGGACUCUUCCCAGCUCAUACACCCGACUUCUCGAGGAGUAUCUGCGCCUGGAGAGUUCAUCGAGCUUUUCGUCGAUCCAAGGACCAGCGGGCACGUUGGACGCCAAGGAACGCCCAGGGGAAGUGGCUUGGUGGAUCGCGCGCAAGCGCGCACUAUCUGUUCGCCCGUCGACCAAGAGCGUUGAUGGGUACGCGCGGCAAUGGUGGAAGUGGUGGACUCAUCUUCAGCCUGAGUGGCGAAAGCUCUUGGCUCCCUCGGGAGACUCGUCUCCCGAGUCCCCCCUUUCUCGCCAGGAUGGUGAUUGGACUGCUCUUGACAGGCCCGGCAUCAACGGAUUUUAUUCCGUGAUCGUUGCUUUGAAAUGGUGGGGCAGCGAGGUUCGCGGCGCGUCGAAAGACCGAAAAUGGCUGGCUGCCGUCGACAAUGUCCAAUGGGUGAUGAGCUGCGUAAUCCGCUCUCGUGUCGGACGUCACGAAACAGCCAAAGAGGAUCCGACCAGGCGGCCUGCGGCGAAGCGUCAACGCUUGACAUGA